AAAGUCCUAAAAUAUUUACUAUCUGGCCUUUUUCGGAAACUUUGCGGACCCCCCAUCUAGAAAACAGGGAGAACAGUCUCCAGGGAGACAGUGGAGAAUGACAGUAAGGCCGACUGGACCAGUUUAUUAGUCCACGGGGCUGAUGCAGAGGAACCCGAAGCCCGAAACCAAACACUGACUCAGAAGUGCGCUGGGAAGGCGUGGCUCCGCUCCUGCCUGCCCCGCCCCAGCCCAGCCACCGACUGCAGGAAGAACUACAAACCGGGGUAUCAUGGGAGUGACGUAUUCAGUGGCGCAGCGCACUCUGGGAACGGUUGCCGGGAACUCAGCGCGCAGGAAGCCCACCCAUGCCCGGCUGCGAGCUGCCGGUGGGCACAUGCCCGGACAUGUGCCCCGCCGCCGAGCGCUCGCAACGAGAAAAGGAGGGCCGCCUGCAUCGCUUCGAGGUGGCGCCGGGGUGCCGCGGGGACCGGCUCCGCGCUGACCCGCAGCGCGCUGUGAAGGAGUACAGCCGGCCGGCCGCCGGCAAGGCCCGACCCCAGCCCAGCCAGCUCCGUCCCCCGUCCGUGCUGCUGGCCACCGUCCGCUAUUUGGCCGGUGAGGUGGCCGAGCGCGCAGACGCAUCCCGUGCGGAGGUGGCCAGCUUCGUGGCAGACCGGUUGCGCGCUGUGCGGCUAGACCUGGCCCUGCAGAGCGCCGGUGACGCCGAGGCGGCGGUGGUACUGGAGGCGGCGCUGGCCGCGCUGCUGGCCGUGGUGGCGCGUCUCGGGCCCGAUGCAGCGUAUGGGUCGGUGGACCCGGUGCUGCUGCAGGCCCAGGUGCAGGAGGGCUUUGGUUCGCUGCGGCGCUGCUACGCGCGGGGCCCCGGGACGCACCCCCGCCAAGCCGCCUUCCAGGGCCUCUUUCUGCUGUAUAACCUGGGCUCGGUGGAGGCCCUUAACGAGGUUCUGCAGCUGCCCACUGCCCUGCGUUCCUGCCCAGCCCUGCGCACGGCCCUGGCUGUGGAUGCAGCCUUCCGAGAAGGCAACGCCGCCCGCCUGUUCCGCCUGCUGCGGGCCCUGCCAUACCUGCAGAGCUGUGCAGUGCAGUGCCACGUGGGCCUUGCCCGCCGCAGAGCCCUGGCCCGCCUCGCUUCUGCGCUGAGCACCCCCAAGGGCCAGACCGUACCCCUGGGGUUCCUGGUCCACCUGCUGGCACUGGAUGGGCCCAAAGAGGCCCAGGACCUGUGCCAGGCCCAUGGACUACCCUUGGAUGGACAGGAGAGGGUCGUGUUCCUGCGGGGCCGCUACACAGAGGGAGGGCUGCCACCCACUGGGGCCUGCAGAGUGCUGGUGGGCAACAAGCUGGGAGGACGGACCCUGGAGGAGGUAGUCAUGGCAGAGGAGGAAGAUGAGGGUGGGGACAAAUCCAAGUCUCGGGCAUGAGGAGUCCUGGAUUGGGUGUGCGCGCUUGGGUUUCUUCUCCCUUCAUCCCACACAAUAAAAGGGACUUGUAGGGAUAAUA